CUUGUUGCCAAAAUUAGCGCGCACGUGUUGAUAUCGCAGAAUACCUUGGGAAGGCCGAGCUGAACGUCAUAGGAUUCUGCGGUUAGCUCGAGAGAACGAUUCGCCUGGCAUUUCACAAGUACGUUUUGUCAUCAGUAGGGAAAUCCAGGCCAACUGCCUGACAAAAACUCAUUUUACAUAGCUGACAUUUUGUGCAUAUAUUUUCCGGCUCUCAUUUUCCCGUGUACCGAAGAAGCAUUAUUUCACCGACUGAUCACGGACUACGCAUCAUGGCAACAGAAGCUCUUGUCAAGGGAAGCUGGUUUCGAGAGGUUAAUGAAAUGUGGUCUGGAUAUGCAGUCUCGUUAGAAGUGGAGGAGGUCUUAGUCCACGAGAAAUCAGACUUCCAAGACAUUCUUGUUUUCAAAAGCAAAUCCUUCGGCAACGUGUUGGUGUUGGACGGAGUUAUUCAAUGUACGGAGCGAGAUGAAUUCACGUACCAGGAGAUGAUUUCCCACCUGCCCUUAAACAGUCAUCCCAACCCCAAGAAGGUGCUUGUAAUUGGCGGCGGUGAUGGAGGUGUUGUUCGUGAAGUGUUGAAGUACCCUAGUGUGGAUCAGGUUGUCUUGUGUGAGAUUGAUGAGAGAGUGGUUGAAGUAUGCAAACAGCACCUCCCAAGUAUGGCGUCAUGUCUGAGUGACCCCCGUGCUGUCCUCCACAUCGGUGACGGCAUCAAGUACCUACAACAACACAAAGGAGAGUUUGAUGUGAUAAUUACUGAUGCCCCAGACCCUAUAGGUCCUGCUGAAGGCUUAUACCAGAAGGAAUAUUAUGAAAACUUGAAGAAGUCCCUGAAACCCAACGGAAUAAUUUCUUGCCAAGGUGAAACCUUGUGGUUUGAUCUACCUCUCAUCAAACAGAUGAUCAGUUACUGUCGCGACGUAUUCCCCACCGUGGCAUACGCGUCAGGGAACACGCCCACCUACCCUGGGGGUCACAUGGGCUUCUUGCUGUGUAGCACUAACCCAAGUUUGGACUUAAAGCAACCACAGAGCAAUUUCUCGUCAGCUCAGUUGGACAGCAUGGGUCUCAAGUAUUACAGUCCGGAGAUACAUCGCGCUGCCUUCGCCCUCCCUCGCCAUGCCAGAAAAGCCCUGUCGGAAGUGCUUGACACAUGAGGAACUUGGCACAUCCCAGGAACUGGUUGCUAUGGUGAUGGAGCAUACCUACCUGUUGGUGUAUAACUGCUGUAUCAGCUUUUGCAGAGAACCAAAUGCAUACUGCAUUGAUUUUUGCACCUUAUAUUUCACUUGUUUACAUAUAUGGUCAAAAUGUUUCUUUCAGUAACUCACAUGUGUUACUGGUACGUAUUAUUGUAGGAAUUAAUGGGGUUUUAUUGAAGGGGAGACUGGAUAAUUGUAUGAUGACAAAAUGGAUGUAAAUGCUGUUGUGAUUUACUGCACAAGCCUUUAAUUCACAUUAAUGUAGAAAUCCGUUGCAGACUUUUCAGAUUUUUCAAUAACUGGUGCAAUCAUUGAUUAUGAACUGAUGCAUUUACAAUACUAAAUUACAUUUUCAGUCCCAUUUAUAUCAACCAGGGCCUAGAUUUUCGAAGCUCUCUUAGAGCUAAGAUAGUCGUAAGUUAAUGUUAAUGUAUAGCACUUACGACUGUCUUAGUGCUAAGAGAGCUUCGAAAAUCUAGGCCCAGGACACUAUGUGUUGUGAAGUGUUUAUGUAAUGUAAAACUGCCCUAUCAACAAGAAAUCUGUUAAUAUGAUUGAGAUAUAACAUAUGUUAUAAUUGGCAUUACACUUUCUCAGUAAAGUACAGAUUCUAGUACUUUUGUUAGGUUAAGUCCCUUCCAAGAUUCGAACCUACACUCUUAGUGUCAGACACCUAAUUGCCAGCACACAAAGUCAGCGAUCUAACCCACUCAGCCAACGCUGCUCCCCAAAAAUGGAAGUCAGACAACUGGUAGUCAAGAUUGCAGACAUUGUGUAACCCUCUGCUACGUGGCACAGCUCUCACGGCCGAAAGCUAUGAAUACACAAUGUCAUUUAGAAAA